ACGACCCUCGUAAGAAAUGAAAUCUUAGUCACUCUUUCUUGCACUAUUGCUGAUGGGAACUUCUGAUCAACUUCUCUUGAAUGCUGAGCUGAAUCUUGAGUUGUAAACUUUACUCCCACAUCGUUAUCAUCAAUCAUGUGCUCAUAUGUUUCUGCCCAGUGUCAUUCUACUCAUAAAGUGUCAAUCUGAUGCUGAUGUUUAUUAUAUGUUAAUAUGGUAAUUACAACAAAAAUCCAGUAACGUAUUUCUCCUUUUCUCCUUGCUGUUUUAGCAAAUACACACAGUUUGAUGUGACAAAACAUAGAGAAUAUAUGCUAGGUUCAGCCUUGUUACCAAGAUUUUGUAUAGUAGGCUAAACUAUUGAAAGCCCUGCUGAAGAAAACAAUAGAAACCAUCACAGAAUUUGUAAUGGCUUUACUGGUUAUAAUAGGACUUGUAUUGGUUUUAAAGGAAACUGCAAUGGUCCAUGUGAGUCUCUACUGGUAAUCAGUCCACUAAAACCACUCAAUCCUAAUGGAAUAUGUCCCAAAACACACUACAGGAAACCCUUUCUAAUAGUUUUAAUGGUUAAAAGUUGAUGGUUUGUAACGUGUGUGAUGGUAUUUGCAGUGGAGACCAUUCGAAUUUCUGUGAUGGUUUUUGUUUUUUUCAGCAGGGAGCAUUCAAUUAUCUUUCUAAGAACCUUAGUUUCAGCUUGUACCAUCAAAUUAAACAGUCAGCUUUGUUAGUAAACCCUGUUUCCUCUCUGAGGCAUGACACACAUGAAACUGUAUUCAUUUAAUGACCUUACACUGAAAAAGUCAAGUAGAGAGGCCCUUGUGUAACACUGCUAGCCCACUGACUAAGACUGCUGCGUUUCGUGUAAUGCACAUUCAUUCUUUACAUCCAUCAAAUUGAACUAAAACACACUCGCACAGGCUGGGACUUCCACCGUUGUGUUUCCAUAUCUCACCUAACUACCAGUACUAUGGGUGUGGCAAAACAAGCGUCGAGCUUUACGUCAUCAAGCCCGACGUAACGACGUAACGUAACAACGCCACCGUUCGCCCCCUAGCGGAUAAGCCGAAGAUAACGCUUAUAAUGGGCUGUGAACGUGGAAAGUACCUUACGGAAAUCCCCACUGGCUUUUAUGUACUGCUUUCAAUCGGGCUGUCUGAACUAGAGUAAAGACUUGGCCGUGUUUUGGACGCGUCUCGUGCGAGCAGUGAAAUCCAGUGGAUCUCUAUAAGAGCGCCAUGGACGAUUAAAGUGGACUGAGUGAAGUAGCAGCAGAGCCAGAGCAUCGUAUGGGCUUUGUUGGUGGAUACCGACAUAUCGAACAGGUAAGAGUUGUGCGAUUCAUCGCCGCCUGUUCCCUCGACUCUCUGAUAUCGUGUCCAGACUGAAUCCUAAACCGAGCGGGGCUGAUUUCUCCCGUGUCGUCUCUCGUUUAAACGGCUGUCUGUCUGUGUCGUACAGACGGAAACGGUCUUGAACGCCGCGGAUUUGACAGCCAUUGUUUGCGAAGACGUCACUUAUCGGCGAUUUGAAACAUUAAACGGAGAAAACGUUCUAUUGUUGCCAUGGGGACACAUCGCUUCCUUUCCAGUGUUACAGUGUUGCAUUGUCUAAGGGCUUCUGUCAAGUCAAUUACGUAAUUCGAGCGUCAGCAACUGAUGUUACAAUAUUUUUUUCGCGUCGGUCUCUAUUGUCCCCGUUGUGCUUUGCGUUUAAUAAAACUGUGGACUCCGCUUUGUCGCUUUCCGCACGGCGUUAACGCUGCGAACGUUUCGCUCAAGAGGUAUUUAAGGGAACGCUGUCGCUUUGGCGUUCAGAAUAAGUUGUCCCUAAAGAACCUCGGCAGCUGAGACAAAUAAAUGGUGCCCUUGCAGUCAAUGGAUUUUCAACGCCGCUAGGUUCCCGUCAGCGUGUCUGAGCCCAUCUUUAGGCCAUUCUGAUAGAGUUUUGGAAAUUUCAUUGUGGGGGUGGACUAAUAAAGAGCUUCGCCUUUCACUCAUCUGACCUCAAGAGCCUUUUACCAUGAGUCUGGAAUACACCAUCAGCUUUCAGGGGCCACGAUCUGUCUUUCAGUUCUUCACCUUUAGGGUGGAGGGGAAAUUCUUCUUUGUAGCACAUGGUCGUGGGUUGAGCGCCUCUGACAAUGGUGUGUUUGUCUCAGGUCUUCUUUCGCAGAAAUAGAUUGGUUCCCCACUCCAGACUGCCAUGUCUCAGGGCCAGAACUUCCUGCCCAAGUUCCUGUUUGUGAGUAACCUCCUGAAGGCCGUGAAAAUCAGAGAGCGGGUGCCCAACGAUGUGGUCAAGCCCUCGGCCAGCGGCGGCCUGAUCCAUCACCUGCGCAGCAUGCACCGCUACACGCUGGAGAUGAUCCGCAUGAGCCAGUUCCCGCAGGCCUUCCGCGAGGUCAUCCAGGCGGCCAUCUUGGACCGGGCCAUGCAGAGCUCAUUGGAGCAGGAGAAGAGGUUGAACUGGUGCCGCGAGGUCAAGAAGCUGGUGCCGCUGAGGACCAACGGUGAUGGGAACUGCCUGCUCCACGCAGCCUCUCAGUACCUGCUGGGGGUUCAGGACACAGACCUGGUGCUGCGAAAGGCUCUUUAUGCAGUGCUGAAGGAAACAGACACUAGUAACUUUAGAAUGCGCUUUCAGACAGAGUUGCUGCACUCUCAGGAGUUCACUCAGACUGGCCUGCGAUACAGCACAUUGAACUGGGAGGAGGAAUGGGUGAAGAUUGUAGAAAUGGCUUCUCCAGUGUCCAGCAGUAAUGGCCUACAGUUUGACUCAUUAGAAGAUAUUCACAUCUUUGUGCUUUCAAAUAUUCUGCGGAGACCAAUUAUUGUUAUUGCAGACCAAGUACUUAGAAGUAUGAAGUCUGGUUCCUCCUUUUCACCCCUCAAUGUCGGGGGCAUAUACCUGCCUUUGCAUUGGCCUCCAGGAGAAUGCUACAAAUAUCCCAUAGUGCUCGGCUAUGACUCCCAGCACUUUGCACCUCUGAUUACAAUCAAAGACAGCGGCCCAGAGAUCCGUGCUGUGCCAUUGAUAAACCCUGGACGGGGUGGGUUUGAAGAUCUUCAAGUGCACUUUCUGACAGAAAAGGAGCAGCAACAGAAGGAGAAGUUGCUAAAAGACUACCUAAUGCUUAUAGAAAUCCCUGUCAUUGGCCUGAGCUACGAUCCCACACAGAUUAUCACUGCAGCCAGACUGGAUGAAGGCAACCUACCUGAGGACAUGAACCUAAUGGAGGACUAUCUACAACUGGUCAACCAUGAAUAUAAGCGCUGGCAGGAGGAUAAGGAUUCUUUAUGGGCCCCCCAAUCCCAGCGUCCCCCUCCUUUCUCAGUCUCCCAACUCUCUCUCAUUGAGAUCCGCUGUGCCACACCCCGCUGUACAUUCUACGUCUCGGUGGACACUCAACCCCACUGUCACGAGUGCUUUGAAAAGCGACAGGCGGGUUGCAAGCCGGAGGCCAUUUCCACCACAAAUCAAACCUCGUCCUCGGACCCCGAGAGCCGAGGGAGGCUGGAGCGCUCUGUUUCCGAGAGGGGGGACACCCAGCAGCAGGAGCCUAGAACCGAGGCCUCAGUAUGGGCAAUGCAUAGGGAGACGGAGCGCACUGGCACCGCCGGCCACACCUGGCAGACGCCCGCUGCCCGGCAGUGUAAACGCUCCGGCUGCCAAUUCUUUGGAACUGCAGAGAAGCUGGGAUUCUGCACUAUAUGUUAUCUAGACUACCAGACCAAUCACCUGGCCACCCCUGCUGUUGUCCAGCCCAGACACACAUCCGAGGCGGGCUUUCAGAAUUGUCCGCGGUGCCGGGGUCAGGGCUGUGGCGCCGAGGGAAAGGCCAUGCUCGAGGGUUACUGCAACAAGUGCUUUGUGAAAGAACAGAGUGCUAGACUCAACCAAGCUGCUAGCAGGGACUCUCAUUCCCCACCUCUCGUCACGCGGGCCUCGAAACCACGUCCACCUCCGAUGCUCACCCAGGCACAGUGUCGGCGUAGCGGCUGUAAGAACCUGUCCCCUGGCUGCACGGACCUCUGCCCGGACUGCCUCAGCCGCGGCCAGCGAGAGGGUCGUCGUGCCCAGGCACCCAAAGAGAAAAGCAAACAGCGCUGCAAGACGCAGGGCUGCGACCACUACGCCAACCAAGACAAACAAGGCUACUGUAACGAAUGUGACCACUUCAAGCAGAUUUACCGGGGCUGACAGAACAGUUCGAUGUUAAAAAGUGCCCAGUUCAUCGCACGUUCACGUGCAUGCUGGUGAACUCUCUUACACAAGGAACUUUUUGCCCAAAAUCCCCCACCUACAUUGGGCAGGGCCUAAAGAGCCCGGUGGUGAUGUAGAAUUGGUGAUUACCUCUCAAAUGCAGUUUUGGUCAUUUGUAUCAUGUGUUUAGGCCUGUCGUGAGAUGUUAGCAUACAGAAACUAAUGAUACACAAUGACGUCUAGUCACACACAACCGUGGCGUCCACUGUUUAUAUCGAACAGGGUAAUUAAUCGCAAACGUUUGUUGAAAAAUUGAGGAGAGCAUGUGUAAGAAUGAACAAUUUCAGAUUAGCGACAAAAUUGACAAGUUAAUUUACCGAAAGAUAUGUCUAAUCCGAUGUACAUCGCCACUGUGGACUGCAGAAAGCCUUUUGGAAGUACAGGAAGAAGACGUACAGGGUAUGCAGAGACCACCGAAGGACAGCAUUUGAUAGUUUCUUCAUAAAAUGUAGGUUAAGUGCCAAUGAGAGCUUGCUAAGCAGAGCUCGAAUUUCAUUUCCUGCUGCACCAUUUGAUGUCUGCAAGCAGUACGGAUCUGUUGCCUUUGAGAAUGUUUUUGUUUACCAUUUUCACAAGUCCUUCUUGCUCUUGAAACUAUUUUUCACUUUUGCUUGCCUUGCUAAACUUCAUAUGACUUGGUCUGUUCUAUUGAAUGGAUAUGUUCAUUUUUCUGUGGCUAAAAAUUCCUUAAGUGCAAUGAAAACCAGAUACUUGACACCUCCCCGAUGUCUAGAGCAGAUGAAAUUAAAUUAAGCUGAAGGGAAUGGCCGUGCCAAAAA